CAACCACAGACAGCCAUUUUGUCUGAAAUUAAUUCGUAAAUAUACCAGCCUUGGCUUAUGUUUAUUGUGAUUUUUAUCAAUUGACAACCUUUAUUGUACAUUUAGUGAUGUAGUUGGAUGUUGUUAAUGAGAUGGCAGUAGGGCUUUUAUAGAGUCAAAAUGAGUUCUACAGAAGCCUUUGCUGACCUCAAUCACUUACCAGAGGGAGAAAAUAAGGAAACAUCUGCCUCCCAGGAAGGCGAAAGUCAUGCAGAUUUGAAGGAUGAAUCUGAGACUUCUGUGGAGUCUGAGGGUAACAAAGUGCUAGAAGAUGUAGUCAAAGAUGACACUGGGGCUACUGUUGAGUCAAGGAAAAAUCAAGCAGUAAAAGAUGUAGUUACAGACAGCACUGAGAUUUCAUCUGAGUCUGAGAAAAUCAAGACAGUUGAACAACUAGAUAAGGGCAGAGUUGAGACUUUAGAUGAGUUUGGGAAAAACCAGGUGGUGCAAAAUAUCGAAGACAGCUCUGAAACAUCAGUUGAGAUGGGGAAAGUCCAAGUAUUGCAAAAUGUAGUUGAGGACAGUUCUGCAGACUCAGUAGUGUCUGAGAAAAUUGAUGUAUUGCUGCCAUUAGACAAAGGAGAUGUUGAGUCUGAGAUAAACAGUAUAGUACAAACUGUAGACAAGGAUACUGUUGAAACUUCAGUAGCAGCUGAGGAAAACAUUAUGUUACAAAAUGUAGUGAAUGACAGCCCUGAAACUUCAAUUGACACUGGUAAAGAUAAUGCUGUACAAACUGUUGACAAAGAUGAUUCUGAGCUUUCAGUUGAGGUGGAGAGAACUGACUUGUUAGCAAAACCAGAGUUAUCAGAAAGCAUCAAAGAACCAGAAGUAUCAGAGGCUACAAACAUCCCGGAAAUAUUAGAGGACAUUGAAAAACCAGAAGUUUCAGAUGACAUUGAAAAAACAGAGUCAUCAGAGGCUGUAGAAAAACCAGAACAAUCAGAAGCCUUUGGAAAACUUGAUGAUGAGAGCUCAGAAAAGAACGAUGGUGAUAUUAAUCAAGCAGUAGCUGAUUCCAAGUCUGCAGAAGAAGUGGCUCAAUCUAAAAGCUCAGAGAACACAGGUGAGAAGAUAGAAGAAAUAGCAGUUAACACAGAAGUGGGUAGAGAUGAUAUUACUUCGUCAUUGGGAAAUGAAGAGGUUGAUGCAAAUUUGGAAACUGAAGUUGAAGUGAUACAAAAAGAUACCGACAUAAAUACAGACAUCCCUACAGACUCAGAAUGUGCAUUAGAGGUACAUGCAGAAACACUAGAUUUGUCUGACAGUCUUCCUUUGACAGAUGAAUUUGAGAAUGUGACUGGAAGUUCAGAGGUAUCUGAGAAUAUCCAGGCUAGUUCAGCAGAUGGUGUCCUUGAUACAGGAAGUGAUAAUCUUGAAAAUCCAGAGUUCACUCAAACUGACAAAGCAGAUACUACUGAUCUCAAAACAGGUGAAAGUAGUGAUAAAUCUGACAAGUUAGUUGUAUCUAAUGUUGACACGAGUGAUAGAAAAGACACUUGCCCUGUAGAAAUUGAGCAAGUUACUGAGAAAUCGGAUGAAAAUAAAACCAAUCCAUGUGAUAGUGAAGAUAUUGGUUCAAGUUGUUUAGAAAAAGAGAAGAAUUCAGAGACCUUACAUGAAAAUAGCAUAUCAAGUACUUCAGAUAGUGUAGUAGGUGCUGUUGAAAGUGACCAAAUAUGUGAAAAGGCAGAUACAGUUGAAACUGAAUCUUCUCAAAGUAAAGAGGAAAAUGAUCAUGACCAUGAGAACUUGGUUGUGGCAAACACUGAUGAAUCAAAUGAAAUUGAACCUGAAUCUAACCAAGUUAGAAAUGAAUCAAAAAUUUCAGAUCCAAUAGGACUUUCUUCUGACACAUCAGUUAGUACCGUAAGUGAACAUAUACACAAAUCACCAGAUCUAGUUGUUGAAAGUAACGAGAAAGAAGAGAAGUGUUCGCAGCAAAUUAAAGAAGCUAAUAGCAAAGUUAGUGAUAACACUAAUAAGUUGGUAGAAACAGAUGGUGAACAGACAGUAACAGAAGUCUCUACCAGUUGUGUUAGAGAAAAUGUCAGUAGAACUGUAAGCAGUGAAUAUAAAGUAAUUGUAGAUACUUCCAAUAAAAAGUAUUUGGAAAUUGCUGCUAUUGAAACAAGUAUGGGGAAUUCACAAUCAAAAGAAAGUGAUCUUGAAAGUUUAGAUUUUGAUAAUGACAAAGACAAGUCUGGCUUUGAUUCUGACGAUUUCCUAAAUUCUCCUGCAAAACAAAGUCAGAACAAUGAAGUUUGCAUUGUGUCUCCAAAAUCAAAAAGUAUGUUGCUGGACAACUCUGAUUCUGGUGGAAGUUGUGCAGAUUUACAUAUAGAUAAAGAAGUGUCAAAACAGCAUCAGGAGUACAGGCCAAGAUUAGGCAGUGCUGAAAGAAAUGUUUUUGAUGUGUUUCCAGUGGAUAUACCAGCAAGCUCAGAGAACUCAACAACUACUGAAAGUGAAAGUGAAAAUUCAGAUAAUACUGUUGAUUCUGCUGUUAGUCACGACGAAACCCAAAAGAAUGGAUUACAAAAUGGUGCUCCAGAAGCUUCUGCUAAGGCAGCUUCAGACUUUCUUAGUUCAUUUGAAAAAUUUCUUCAGAAUCAAAGUCCUGACGAAAGAAGUGAUACAGCAUCUGUUAAAAGUGAGGAGUCUGUGCAAAACCUUCCUGUAAAUAAGGAAAUUUGCAAAACAAGACGACGCCCUAUAUUUAAAACAUUUCCGAAAUCUCAGAAAUUGAGAAGAGCUAGCAAAGAAACUGUCUCAAAAGAUACUACUUCAGAUUCUGAUGAAUCAGAUGUGGUGAUGAAAGCUAAGCAAAAAUAUCAGUGUAUGAAAGAACUUAGAGUUUCUUUAAAUGCAACAGACAUAGACAAUUCUAAUACAAAUACUGUUGGAAAACCUUCAAGAACACUUCAGAAAAAUUUCAUUGCUAAAUCUAAAUUUGCUCAAAUCAAUAGUGUUAAAGCAGCAGAAGAAUCAGAAUCUGAUUCAGGAUUAGACAGAUUGAAAAAAGAGCCAUUGCUAGCAAUUGGUGAUAAUUUAAAUGUUGAACUGUUUAAGUCGCCUUCAGUUAGAACUUCCAUAGAGGAAAGUACAAAACCUUUGAAAAAACGUAGUCGUAGAGGUGAUAAUGAAAUUCUUCAUCAAAAUGAAGUUUCUGAACCAAUACAGAACAAACAGACAACCAAAGGCAACAUAGAAAACAUUUCAGAUGCUAGUGAUAUUGAAAAAAAUACCUCAGAUGUUGAUUUAUUUAGUGAUGAACCACAAAAAUUGAAAGUCUUGACUAAUGUUAACUUGAUAAACAAAGAAUGUUUAGAAAGUUCUACUGAUACAAAUGAGGAUCAGUCAUCGAAAAAAUUGCCAUUGAUAAAAUCAAAAAGGUUAAAAAGUGCAGCAAAAAAGAAAAGACAAUCACAGGUUAAAUCUGAUUCAAAAUUGCCACUGUCUAACUCUUUAAUUGAAGCAAAGGCAGAAAAGGUAGAUAAUGAUGAAAUUGGUUGUACAAAAACUGAUAACUUUUGUCGUCCAAAUUCAGAUGCAAUACACAAAAAAUCUGAUAAAGUCGAUAAGUCUGGUACCAUGAUAAAGAAAUACCCAGAAAGAACUUGUAAACUUAGAAUGAGAGUUCCAGAAAAUACUGUUAAUAAAAAAGAUCUUUUAAAAUCCAAAGUUCCAGGGGCUUCAAAAAGGUGCAGUGAUAGUGGACAGUCAGAUAAAGAUUCAGUAGUAAGUGUAAAAAAGAAAAAAAGGAAAAGAAAAGUGAAACCCUGGUCUUGGGGAAAUGAGAAAAAGAGGUACAAACCUAAACCAAAAGUGGAUUCAGAAGUGUCUGAUUUAACUGAAAGUGAUUGGAGUUCAAAUAUGGAGCAGGAAACAAAGAAAGUUGAAUCAUCUGUUGACAAAACAAGUGACAGUGAAUUGACUGAUGCAUCAAAGGCAUGUUCAGAACCACUGUUGAUGAGUUCUGAUGAAAAUGAACAUUUGGCCAAUUCAAAAUCUGAGAAUUUAAAAAGUGAAAUUUCUGAUAAUAAUUUUGAUGAUAGUAAAGAAAAACAAAGUGUUUCUGUAGAUCUAAAUGCUUGUAAAGAUGAAAAUCUUACUGCGGAGGAAUCUACUGAAAGAGAUGAAGAUAAUAAUAUUCCAAAACCAAAAAGUGUACCAGCUAAGACUAAAAAUACUAGAAAAAGGGGUAAAUCUAAGAAAGGAAAUCAGAAAAGGGUAAAAUCUCAAACAGUUAAUUCAUAUAUGAAUAUUGAAAAAGACUCUGAUGAUCUUGAAAAUCCAGACUUGAUAUUCAGUUCUGAUAAACAUGAAGAAAGUCACUUCAGUGGUUUUCAUUUAGAAGCAAAUGAUCAUGAACUAAAUGAGAACUUUCCACCCAAUGUUUCUCCAGACAGUGGUAUUCAGUCACUCACUGGAUCUCCAGCAGGUCAUGAAUCUCCAAAUUUAGCUUUAAAUCAUCAGUACUCAUUGACAACUUCAUCCAGUUCUUUUAAGGUGGCAGCAAGUGUUUCUUCACAAGUAAUUGACUCAAAAAAUGGUAUUGUUUCAAGUAUUCUAUGUGCAGCUGCAUCUGCAAGUUUAAGUUCAACUUCUGUGACUACCUCUGUUACAUCAUCAACAGAAACUGUUAUUGUUUACUCAAAAAGUGUUCCAAUUUCAUCAGCAACUGCUACAAUACCAUUACCUCUUUGUGAUAUGCUAACUUCAAGUACUAAUUCUGCAGCUUUUCCUGUACUGGAUAAUGCAAAUUUAAAUUUGGAUUUAACCAAAGAUGCUUGCACCAAAAAGAAGAACCGUGCAAAGUUUCUACAGCGUCACAAAGCCAGUACUCUUCUGCAGAAAGGUAGAUUACCUACUGAAGAAGAAAAGGAACAAAGACUUGAAGAUAAGUUUGAUUAUUUGAGCCGUGUUGGUGCAAAACCAGUCUGUGAUGAAUCUGACACCUUAAACAAAGACUGCGUUGAGUUGAAAGAGUCACAAUAUGAGAAAAAUGAAAAUAUUCAAGCUGGAACUAACAAGUUUUCAUGCAAAGAAAGUUUAAAACUUAAUGUAGAAGGAACUGCAGUUCAUGAAUCAAUUACUAGUUUGAAAAGUGAUGAAAGUGUGAUAAGUAGCGAGGACAUGGAAAUUGUUGAGAGCACAAAACAUGAAAAAAAUAAGAAGAAAAGGGGUCGUAAAAGCUGUAGAAAAGCUAAACAUAGUCCAAGAAUGGAUACAAAUAAUCAGAAUGUUACAAAUGUUGAAGAGGAAAAAGUGAAUAAAGAUCAGUCAUUGACAUUAAGGCUUGAAGACAAUUGUGAGAAAUGUGAUACAUUUGUAGAACAGAAUGUGAAUGAUUUGAUGCUACAACAUGGUAAAAUGACUAGAAAAUUGAAAGAAAGUCAAAAUAUAUCAGAGAAUUCAAUUGUUGAAGAUAGCAAUACUAAUGAUACUGAACAAAGUGUACAAUCAGAUAAGGAAAUAAAUUUAGAUGCAAAAAGAAUUGAAGAAGAACCAUUGGAAAGUGAACUGAAAGGUUCUGUUUUGCAUAAUGCAGAGAUUAAGAACAAAAAUGUUGGAGAUGGUGAGGUGCAAGAAAAUACUACUAAAACUGUUGUUGCUGAAAAUGAAGUUGUGCAAAGAAAUGUAGAUGAGUCAGAUUCUUCAGGAAUAAAAGAUAUUGAAAUAAGUAAGACAGGUACAUAUUCAAAAAGAAAAGGGAGAACUAAAAAGAAGAGAGGUAGAAGUAAGGGAACAAACUCUGAAAGAAGUAUAGACACAAGUUCUGACAGAAGUCAGGACACAAGUUCUGAAAGAAAAGCUAAUAUAGUAACAGAAAAAUCUCAAAAAGGUACUAUAUCUGUAGACAGAAAUGACAAUGUGCCACAGGUUCCUGAUUCAAAAGCAGACUUUGUUUUUUCUCCCCCAAAUGCAGUAGUUAAUAAUGAUAUAUUAAGAAACGUUCCUAGUUCAGACUCUCUUGCAUCAGACUCCUUGGCAUCAGAAGCAACUUUAGUUUAUCCACAGGACUCUUCUGUUUCAGAAUACGAAACAGAAACUGAUAAUGAGCAGCUCAAACCUGUUACUCAAGACACAAAUCCUGCUGUCAGGAAUUUGAAUGAAAGUAUUAAUGGAGUUUUUAUUGAAAGUAAGGAAUCUGAUCCUUUGUCCUUGAGGUUAGAAACUUCAGAACUUGACAAAAUUGCAGAAUUACCUGUAGAUGUACCAGUGAAAAGAAAACCUGGACGGCCUCCAAAGCACAAGACCAAAACUAAAACACAGGGUAUUAAAACAUUACAAAAUAAUGGAACCAAACUAAUCAAUAAGUUAAAUUCACCACCAUAUGCAUCACCAGCUUACAAGUCAGCUCCAUUUAGGUCCCCACCAUACAGACAGUCGCCAUACAAAUACCAUCCAGUAAGAUCACCACCUUUUAAAUAUCUUACUGGUAGAUCUCCUCCCUACAAACCAUUUCCUGUAAGAUCACCAGUUUAUAAACCUUUUCCAGGAAAAUCACCACCAUAUAAAUGUUUUACUGGAAAGUCUCAACCAUAUAAACAAAAAUAUCAAGAUCUGAUAACAAAAAGAAAACGAGGGAGACCAAAAGGGUCUAAAAACAAAGUGAAAGAAACGUCUGGUAUAAAUGAAACUCCUGUAAAAUCUCUCGUACAACAGACUGUACCUAGGCCAAGGGGCAGACCACCUUUAAUAAAACUAAAACGUCCAAGAGGAAGACCGAAAGGAUCUGGAAAUAAAGUGAAAGCAAAUACUUCACCAGAAAAAUCCAGAAAUAAGACUGGUGAAAAAGAUCAAUCAGUUGAAGUUUCUCAGUCCAUGAUGCAGUGGAGAGAAAGUAGAAUUAUCCCAGAAGGGGAGGAGAAAAAGAAACGCGGAAGAGGUCGACCACCCAAAAAUUCCUACCCUGUUGAACAACAAAGUACAAAGAAAAGUAGUCCUAAAGGCAAAGAUAUGCAAGUGAAGCCUGGACCGGAAUUGUUUGAUAACAAAAGUUCAGCUAGAGAAGCUAUAGAAUCCUUAGCUCAAAGUUGUUUGCCAAUGGGUAGUCCAGUAAGAAGUGAACUUUCUUUAGGACUGUCUGAGGAAUGGCUUUCUGAUCAUAGUAGUGGUUUUCAUAAAGAAAAGGCAAAACGAAAAAAGAUUAAUUCUGACCACAAGUCCAGAUAUUUAGAUUCUGGCGAGAGCAUUCUUCAACCUCCAAGAAUGUGCCAGGAACCAGUAGAGUCGGAUGUUGGAACUGAUUUUAGUAGCAGGGAACCAGCCCAGUCUGUCAGCUCCCUGGAUUCGGAUACCAGCGGGGGAGGCAGCAGUCUUGGGGUGAAAACAUCUGCCAUUCAAAUGUGGAUGGAAAUUAGUAAGCACAGAAGGAGAAAGAAUAAAAAGAAACUCCUUCAUUUUAGAAGUAAACACAAAAAUAUAAUAGACCCAGUGUUCAAUGCUGAAGUAGAUUAUUUAACAAACAUGAUUCCAAGGUUGUCAAUAUCUCCUAGAGGGGAGACGUACCUGAAAGUGAGGCCUGGGGAAAUGCCCUUGCCAAGUAUUUUUAGAAUUGCAAGAAUUGAUGUUAAGAAAAAGAAAAAGGAUAAGCUCUUUGUUUUUGAAAAGGCAAAGCCAUUGAAACCGAAAAAUGAUUCAGAACUUUCAACAAAGGAUAAAAUUAGACUAGGUAGAAAGAUAAGCAUGCUUGGUGAGAAUUUUCUAGAUUUAGACGACUUGAAUAGCCUGCAGCAGUGUAACUUACCACCAAAGAAACGUCUCAAGCUGUUCUCAACUAUGGGCACAGAUGAAGAAAGUCUUUCAGAUGGGCAUCAGAAGCCGGAGAAACGGAAAGGACGGCCUCGUAAAAUACAGUCAUCUAGUCCUCAGACAAAAUAUGCAUUUGGUGAAGGUCAGCACCAGAAAGACCAUUUCAACAUGGGAAAGGAUGGCUCUGAAGAUAUGGCAUCAUUUGCAUCAGUGGCCAUGUCUGGUCAGUCCUUGACGGCCUUCUCGCCUUCUAGAGAAUCUCUGCCAUCUUUGCCGGACCUCUCAACUGUUGCUAACCUUGAGGCCCUUCUUGAAACAAAUCCGUCUUGUACUCCAACUUGUACUCCAUCUUAUACCGUUCAAAAUACAAGACCUGUACUGCCAGAGGCCACAGAAAAUGACUUUAAGGGAACAAAUACCGUGUCCGAAUGGAUAUCACAGGAACUUAGUAGCCAAGCACAGUUAGAAACUGAGUCAUGUGACAUUCAGUCAUCAAAAUCAUGUGAUAGGUGCUCGUUAAAUCAGUCAUGUGAUCACGAUGAUUCUAGCGGCGUUGAUAGCAUGACUGCCGGGUAUAAAUUGUCAGGAAAACUUUUAAAUCGCAAUGUGCGCCAACUAAAACGGAAAUACCGCAAAAGAGCGAAAUCUCCCUUUUUAAAGAAGACGAGGGUCCAAAAUUCUGAAACAGAGACUGCGAAAGAGGAACAGUUUAGUGGGGAAGAAUCUCAGGAUUGGUUGGUACGGUCCGUGUGUUCAGAGUCAGAGCCACUACCAGUUAUUCAUCAAGAGAAACGUAAACUUGACAGCGAAGAGGAGUACGAUGCUCAAGAUUUUAAAAGAGUCAAAAUGCAAAAACGGCGUGUGUCGGAUGAUGACCAGGAGAGUGACACCAGCAUUGUUAAACGUAGAGAAGGUGUGUUCCAGAAGAAGAAGUACCAGAAGGCCGGUCUCUACUCUGACGCUUACAAGGAUGAAGAUGCACAGAGAGAAAAAGAUAUGAGCAAUAUGAUAUUCCAGUUUGAUCUGCCAUUGCAUUUUGGGAACCACCAGCUGAAGAACACGGCUGACUUUCAACUUCCAUAUGAUGUUUGGUGGCUUCAUUUCAAUGACAUGUUGCCAAAGAAAGGGGAUGGACAGCAGUAUAGAAGCAUACGAAACAAUAUAUAUGUAGAUGCACGACCUAGCUGCAGAUAUGAGGCUCACUCGUGUGACUGCAGACCACCUCAAAAUAAUGAAAAAGGCUGUGGGGAAGAUUGCCUAAACAGGUUAAUCUACACAGAGUGCUCUCCAGAUUUGUGUCCGUGCGGAGACCAGUGCUCAAACCAGGGUAUUCAGAAACAUCAGUUUGCACCAGGUCUACAAAAAUUCCUCACAAAGGACCGAGGCUUUGGUGUUCGUACUCCAAAACCAAUCAGAACUGGAGAUCUAAUCACUGAGUAUCUCGGCGAGGUUGUAAGUGAGCAAGAGUUCCGGCGACGGAUGACAGAGGAGUACUCUCAGGAAUGCCAUCAUUAUUGUUUGAAUCUGGACAGUGGCACAGUCAUUGACGGCUACAGAAUGGGAAACAUUGCUAGAUUUGUGAAUCACUCCUGUGAACCUAAUUGCGAGAUGCAGAAAUGGAAUGUUAAUGGCACGUAUCAUAUGUGUCUGUUUGCCCAGAAGGAUAUAGAACCAGGAACAGAACUUGUGUAUGACUAUAACUUCCAGUCCUUCAAUCAUGAUGCGCAGCAAACAUGUAAAUGUGGAAGCGAGUGUUGUCGUGGUAUUAUUGGUGGCAGAAAACAGUGGCAGAAUGGACAAGCCAAACCACCGGAACGUUUACCCGGGAAAGUUAUCAAGGGCAAAUAUGGGAAAGAUAAACGUAAAUCUAAAGUAAAACAGGAAAAAGGCAAAGACAGCCCUAAGAUGAAAUACCCGAUCCAGCCGGUAAUUACGAACUCCUCUUAUGACCAGACAAUGCCAGUAGCUGGCAGCACAUCUAUCCCAGCAUACUUAUCACCAAUGUCCUUGAAACCCAUCACAAAGAAGGAAAGACACUUUGCUCGCAAACAUGCAAUAUUCUUAGUACGUAACUUGGACAGGUUGAGAAACAAAUUACGACAAGAGCGGAGCGAUCAGAAACCAGCUAAUGAUGAGGAUUAUGUGAAAGGCACACACUUUACAAAAAAAGAUGUGUUUAUCACCCAACUGACAGCCCUGAAAACCUCUCGUUCAGUGAAGACAAGACGUCUCACUGUGGCUGAAGAAGACUCGGAGCUUGGAAAGAUGGCAAGGCUUGCUGGAGUGUGUCGAGAAAUAUUUUCGGCCAUCACAUCGGCCAAAGAUGAUGAUGGUGUAUACCUGGCAACAGACCUGUACCAUCUACCAUCACGCAAGAAGCAUCCACUGUAUUAUCAGAUGAUUGAUGAACCCAUUGAUCUCACGAUGAUUGAGAAUAAAAUUCUCUCGGGAGAGUACCACAGUAUUGACAUGUUUGAACGAGACGUCAUGAAACUUUUCCAGAAUGUUGAGAUGUAUUGUGGCAAGAAGUCUGAGAUGGGAGAGAGGAUGAAGCAGCUGCGACUGGUAUACCACUCUGCAAAGAGAGUUGAGAUGAACCAACUGAACGAGAUUCUUGGGCAUGACAGUCUAGCUGAUACACAGUCUGGCACUACUUCAGAUGCGGAAAGUAUGGACAACGUGCAAGUGCCCACUCCAGCCAUGUCAACAUCUGGAGAGUCGGAUACUAGUGAGGGAUUUGAUAAUAACAAAGGUGAGUGGACUGCAGGAGAGGAUGAGGAAGAAGAAGUAAUCAACUGUAUAUGUGGUAUCUACAAGGACGAGGGCCUCAUGAUACAGUGUGAAAAAUGCUACAUCUGGCAGCACACAGACUGUAUGAAGGUGAAAGGGGAUGAAGAAAAUUACCUGUGCCAUGAAUGUGAUCCCAGACCAGUUAAUAGGGAAGUUGAGAUAGUAACCAAUCCAGAUGAGGAAGUAGUACAUGAGGACGGGAAACGGUACUACAUGACUUUAAUGAGGGAUGAUAUGCAGAUUAGGCUUGGUUCCUGUGUUUAUGUGAUGAAAGAGAACCAGUCACGACGCUACUCCUACAAGAAGUCAGGUGGCUUGAACAAGGAACGUAUGGACAUAUUCAGGAUAGAAAGACUUUGGAAGAAUGAGAAGGGAGAGAAAUUUGCAUUUGGACGUACAUAUGUGAGGCCACACGAAACCUUCCAUGAACCAACCAGGAAAUUCUACCCAAAUGAGGUGUUUCGUACACAGUUGUACGAAAAAUUCCCGCUGGAAUCCAUUGUUGGAUAUUGCUGUGUACUAGAUCUACUUACAUACUGUAAAGGUCAUCCAAAAGGUUACAAAGAAGAAGAUUUAUACAUCUGUGAAUAUCGUAUGGAUAAAACCCUACAUCUCUUCCAUAAAAUCUCACCAAAGAACAGAUAUCCGGUGAAUACAAAAUCUUACUGUUUUGUGAUGUAUGACAAAAGACUGAACCCUAAAAGGACAUACUCUCCACAUGAAGUGCCCGAGUCGUACAAACGUAACUGGCGGGAGAAAAGUUCAAGCAGCACAGAAGGACAGCAGGACAAAAAGCCGGUUAUAGAUGAGGAGGAUAAUGUCCCUUUACUCAAAGUUAAGAUUGAAAGGCGGAAAGAGAAACGAGAAAAGGUGAAUAAGAUUAUGGAUUCAUUGAGCAAAGGUGUUGCUUCUCCGAGCAAGAAAAGGAAUGAUUUGUCAUACCUCCUAACUAAUACCCACUAUGAUAGAUGAGAUAGUCUAACUGGAAUUGAAAGUAUGUCAGAAAAUAUGGGCAAGUCAGAUACGGACUAAUUUAAGUGGAGAAGUUUUGAAUAAGGUGAAUACAGACUAAUCGAAGUGGAGAAGUUGUGUGUAAGGAGAAUACAGACUUAUUGAAGUGGAGUUGUGUAAUGAAUGAAACACAAAGAGCAGAGGAUGCGGUUUCCCUCAAGUGAAAAUUUGUAGAAAUAGAAAAGUUGUGUAAGGAGUUAAAAGCAAGGAGAUUAUUAUUCUGUUAUUUCUAGUGAAAAUUUAUAGAAGCAGUAAAGUUUUAUAGUGUUUGAAACACCAGAUGUUAGGGAUACAAAUGUAGAUAUGAAAAAAAUGUGUUUGUGUAAUUGGAUGUAAAAGUGACAAUACCUAUUUGUGUCAGAAAGAGCUGAUAUGAAACUCGGAAGGAAAUGAGUCUGUUGGGUUGGCUACACAUAAUGUUGUUUAAUUAAAUAGCUAAAGACACUUGUCACUUUGUGCAUAGAUCUGUGCCAUCUAAAGCAGCCUGAGUAUUUCAUAUAUUAGGUGAACUGAUGUGUGAGGUGUGAUGAAAACCAUCAUAAAAUGUUUGGUUUCAGUGUUAGUGAUGUAAGAUAAGAAAUGGAUGUGUUUGUAGUUUGAAUGGUUGUAUUGUUAAUAAUGAUACUCAAACUCAACCGGAAAGACUUCAUCACUUUUUGCCUGGUUCCAGUCCUGUUGAGGAUUUGGAGCAUCUAAAAGACAGUACCUUAUGGUCUGGUACCAGUGUAGCAGAAGUGUUAAAUAAUUCAUUAAAUGGCAACAUUUAGUCAUUAUAAAAAAAAAAUGUUCGUUUUUUACACAUAUUCAUUUUGCCAUAUAGUAAUUGUGUUAAUCUGAGUGCAAUACACUAUCUAUAGUUUGAUGCUCAUUUAUUUUUUUCCUAAAAUGGAUUCUUGGAUGGAUUUUACACAUUUGUGGACUUUUUAAUGGACUGAUAUUGUACAUACUUGAAGAUUUGUAAAAAAAAAAACAAUCUUUUGCUCUUUUCUUUGUACAAAUAUUUUUCUUUUGAUGUUUCUAUUUUGUAGAUAAUACGCUUACUAGUAUUUGUGUAAAUAAGGGGAUUUUAUUGUCAAUGUAUUGACUGUUUUAUUAUCUUGUAUGUUUUGCCAUAUUCCUGAUAUUAGCAACAAUAUCUGAACCAACAUGUUUUGUACAUAAUAUUGUAGUCUUUUAGUCUUACUACCUUUAUAUGAUGUGUACAUUGUAUAUAUAGAUGUGUAUAUAUAAAGAUAGUGUAGAAUAUUGCAGUUGAAAUCUGUGUAUGAAAUUAAUUGUAUUAUUUUUUUAAGACAUAUCGAGUUCUGUGUGUGAUUUUGUCUCUUUCUGUGUUCCAUUUUUUCGUUGCCAUUUAUUUUUGGGUUUUCUCCAGCGAAUACUAAAUACUUGCUAAUUUUCUCGCAUGUUUUUACUUUUCUUUUAUAAAUUAUUGAGGGCACUGUCUUCCAAUAGAACAUUUAAAGUAGUGAUCUAGAAAAUUGCAGUUCAUUUGGAAUCAGUGAAUGAAUGCAGACAAGUGGGUAAAAAAUACAUCUUAGAGGGUUAGAUGUUUGUGAAAGCCUUUGUUAAUUUCCUUUUAGAUUUUUACUGCACUUUUUUAUGGGUAGGCAGGCAGUGGAGUAUGGUUUAUUUGAGCCGCGCCAUGAGAAAACCGACAUAGUGGGUGUGCAACCAGCAUGGAUCCAGACCAGCCUGCGCAUCUGCGCAGUCUGGUCAGGAUCCAUGCUGUUCGCUUUUAAAGCCUACUGCAAUUAGAGAAACCAUUAGCGAACAGCAUGGAUCCUGACCAGACUGUGCGGAUGCGCAGGCUGAUCUGGAUCCAUGCUGGUCGCAAACCCACUAUGUUGAUUUUCUCAUGGCACGGCUCAUUUUAUUUUUCACAUUUUUACCCUGGACAGAUUUUAAAAACAGGUUUACAAAAUAGAAAUGGCUGAGGUCGCAUGGAAGUUUUAUAAAGGAGUGAAAAUACAUACUUUGACCGUGUGGGUACAAUGUGUUAUCGGAGAUUUCUGUUGAUAAUGUUUAAGGUUUAGACAGUCACAUUUGGAAAUACCAGUCAGUAAAAUGAAGCUUUGUUUAAAAUUGUGGUAUUUUACAUCAGUUUACAGUUAAGUAUUUACAGUAAGUGUCACAAAGAUUUGAUCUCAGGAGUUAUGAUACUUAAACCUUACCCAGCUAAAUUUCUAUAAUGAAUUUGUCCAUCUUUCAAUUUUGACAGUAUCAUUAACUGUUAAAAGGGGUGCUAAACAAAAAGAUACUGACUUGACAAUGAAUAUUGCAGAUCAUGAUCAGACUGCAUGGAUGUGCAGGCUGAUCAUGAUCUACACUGGUCGCAAAGGCAGAAUUAAUUCUGUCUUUGUGUCCAGCAAGAUCAAGGUUAAUAGUUACAUGCUAUGCAUGUCAAAUGGAAGUGGUAGAGGUGUCUUAGCUAACUGUUAUUGUUCAAAGACAGAAAUGUUAAAAUGGUUCUGUAGUUGUGUUAGAAGUCUGUAAUAUUUUAUUUUCUUACAGCAAAAGUUCUCUUUUUUUGCAUUGACAAUUACAUUGUGUCAGUAAAUUGUUUGAUACUGGAGUUACCCUCCAGUCUCCCUGUUAUAACCUCCUCCGGUACAUUUACAUUUUGACAGAAUAACAGUUCAUUGUUGUUUUUGUUGUUUAUCAUAAACUUUGAUAAUUAAACUGAAGCUUGGUCUUCAAGUUAUGCAGCUGCAUACACAUUUAAACACUUUUAUAUGCAUUAUGAAUAGUUUUGAACAGUUACGUAGGCUGGUCGCUUACAUGUUUCUGUAUAUAAAUAUUUUGUUAUCAAAAUUAUGUAAUGUUUAUGAAUAAAAUGAAACAUCAUAACAGUCCAAUUUUUCCCUGUUUGCAAAAUCACAAAAAUGAGAUAAUAUAGCUUUUAAGCAAGUAUUUCAAGUAUUUUAAUUUUAUUAUUCUUGUUGCAGUUUGAAUGCACUUAAAGUUUAAUGUGAGAUGGUCUGUGUACCUGACUGAUAAGCUACAUGCCAUUUAUUGAUAACAAUAGCUGCCUAGCUUUUAUCUAAUGAAUAAAUUUACUUUCUGUUAAAUGCUUGUAGUAAAGUGUUUAGUGCCAUAAUAUAUAUAUAACUCUACAGCAUGCAUAGGGCAAACAGUUUCCUUUAUCUACAAAGUAUUAUUCUUCUUUGAAUGCCACUUUUGAAUGCUUAAACCAUUUAGUUGUUGUUGUUGUUUUUUAUGCCCCCACUUUGCGGCGGUGGUGGGUGGGGGGGCAUAUAGAUUUGCCCUUGUCAGUCCACCAGUCCUCCGUCCGUCCGAAAAUGUUGUGUCGCGCCUAGCUCCAAAAGUAUUUGACACAAAAUUUUACAAGAAUGUUGGUCAGCAUGUGCAGUUGUGCACCUGGGGUUUCGCUUCCGGAUUCAUUCAGUCGUGUAGGAGUUAUGGCCCCUGAAUUAGUUGAAAAUUGGUCAUUUUAAUGUUGUGUCGAGCGUAGCUCCAAAAUUAUUUGACCUAGAGUCACCAAAGUUUACAGGAAUGUUGGUCAGCAUGUGUAAUUGUGCACCUGGGUUUCGGGUCCGGAUUCAUUCAGUAUUGUAGGAGUUAUGGCCCCUGACCUAGGAAAAAAUUUGUGUCGUUUGUCAUAUAGUGGGGGCAUCUGUGUCCUAUGGACACAUUCCUAGUUUUUCACUCUAAACAUGAAACAUAGUACAAAAAUCUACAUUGUAGAUGUAAUGGCUAUUGUUAAGGUUUGUUAAACAGAGCAGCUUAUCUUGUUAUGGUAGGGCUUCACUUGAUACAUAUGUUUUGAUUUACAACAUACUGUUUGAUCCACCUAUUAAACUGGUAACAUGAUUUUUUGGAUGAAUUGUUUUUUUUUUGUUUUUUUCAAAGGUCAGAUAUAAAUAUUAGUCUCCUAGGGUGGUAGUACAAUUUAAAUUUUUGAAUAACUUUAAUUAUGAUAAUUUUAUGGCAUAAAAUGUAUUUUUCCCAUUAUAGAAAAAUCAGGCAAAAUCACAAUUUUGGGGUAGUGGUGGGGAGUGGGGGUGUUAAGAAACCAGCCAAAAUAUGAAAUGGAUUGUCCGGUUUUAGAUAAGUUCCUAUUUGUUUAGAAUGAUAUAAGCGGUAUUGUUUCAUAUUUCAAGAGAAAUGGGGUGGGGGGGGCGGGGAUCUUGUUACAAAAACUGCGGAUCAAAUAGUUGUUCACUGUUACUUUAUCAUUGUUACAGUAUUUCACAUGGAGGGGUUUGACAAUCUCGAUUAUCUCUGGUAUUUUAGUUCUAAAUGUGGGUUGAAAUUUCUAUCUACAUUUUUUAAACUGCACAGUGGUGUGAAACUUGGUAUGUUUGAUUACCUCAAGCCUAGACAUGACGAUUUGGAGAGAGUAAAGUUUGUAUAAGAAAAUCGUGUAUCAAUUAAUUAAUGAAAUUGUGUAGUCAGUUAAAUAAUUUAAGUUCAAAUAUUGUCAAAUCAAAUGUUUAAAUUUUCAAAAAUGAAGAGUAAAAAAUCGUUGUAACCACAGUGACAAGUUCGAUUUUGUUAACAUAAUUAUGCACAAAGAUGAGUACAGUUCUGGGAAAAUAAGAUUUAAAAAAUCAGACCUGAUAUUAUAAUGACAAAACACUUUGAUUUACACAUCUCCAUCUACAAUAGAAUUCAGGCAUUAAAUCGUAUGAUAGAAAGUUGCUAAUCAUUUGUAAGACAGUCAAAUCUAUCUAAAAUAAAGGCAAUUACUUUAUAAAUACCUGAGAAUGAGUCUUGCCAAUCUUUUUUCUCUUUCUUUCAAUAAGUUCUGUUUUUAAAAUGAGAAAAUUCAGUCUGCAACUUCAUGUAGACAACAAGCAUUGAUUUAAUGCAUUUAUUCAAAGUAAAGUUCAGUUUGGUGAAUGAAUUUCAGGUUUAUCUGAAUGUAAAAUACAUGAAGUUCACAUUUCAGUUACAGCUGUUAAAAGAAUACUUGGCAGACUGUACAAACUUCAUUUUAAGCCUUGCUAAAACAGUUUUAAGUUCAAAUUUUAUUAAAAUUUUCCAACAAAUCUUUGCUUUCAGCAAUAUAUGCAAAACAUAUUUAAAUAUAUACAAAUGAUACUAUAAAUCACUGGAAAUUUGACAUACAUACAAUAUAAGCUUAAAACGUAUUUUGUUGUUUUGUUUUUUGACAUAUUGCAUAUAAUGAUUUUUUUUUCAAUGUGAAAGUUUAAGUUGUUUACUUCAUAAGUAAAUGGAAAAAUGAAAAUAAUUUUUUUUUUCCCCACAAAAUUUAUCUUUUCUUGUAAGUAUAACUGCCUUGUAAUACACAUCAUUGUGUUGUUAUGUUAUAAAUAUUAAUCGCAGAAAGUGGUCAGUCUUCUUAAAAUGUUUUGAAGUCGCUACUUUUUUUUUAAAGAUGAAAUUGUAUAUUUGUUAAAAUAUUGUUUUGUGACAUAGUGUUAGUCCAGGCUUAGAUGUUCAAGCAUUAAAGCAGCAUGCCUGAAGAUUCAGGUAGUAUUGCCCAAACGAUUAUGCAUUUAUAUCUAUUAAUAAAAAGUAUAACAUUUUAUUCCCUGCUUUGGGGCAAUAUUUAAUCAUUGGGUUAAAUCUAUUUCAAAGACUUUGUUUUUGCUGGCACUUCUACAUAUAAAUUUUAAUUUAGAAUAAAACUAAGAUUAUUACAAAAAUUGUGGAAUUUUAAAACUUGGGAUAUUUUCACAGAAAUCUAGGGGCGUGCUGCUUUAAGAGGAGGUACAACCAAUUUGACUGAAUGAUCUCCCUUGUUAUUUGUUCCUAUAUGAUUCAUAGGGAAUGUACAUGACAUGUGUAGAACCUAUCUUAAAGCAUUUGUGUGAGCUUAUCAAUUAUGUUAUUUAUGACUUUGUUGUGACUAUAAUAAAAUGUUUAGAGAUUGAGAAGUU